CUAUUUAAUGCACCGUCUGCCAUCAUGACCGUACAACGAGCAUGUAGCAAUGGCGCGCCCCUAACUACAUGUCCCAGAAUGCAAGGUGCGGUGACGGAAUAUUAAUGCGCUUUCGGUGCAGAUCAAGUCGCGCCGCUCCAGCAGACAACAAUGGGGCCGGUCGAGUUGCUGCACAUGUCGGUGUUCUCUCAAAGUUUUUCACCGUGUGGACGCUUCCUGGCGGCGGGAAACAAUUACGGGGAGAUCGCCAUCUUCAGUUUGUGCGCAGCGCUGAGCCCUGAUACGUCGGAGGCAGGUCGAAAGCCCGUGUUAACGUUUUCAGCUCAUGACGGUCCAGUGUUUUGUCUGGAGUCGUUUGGUGGCCAUCUGCUGAGCGCCGGGGAUGGAUCGGUCAGCGCCUGGAAUUGGGCUGACCUCAUCAAGAAGAACGUCAAAGCUCUGUGGACAAGAAGACCAGAAUACAAAGCCAGCAUGGAGAUCCCUGAGAUCAACGCCAUGGUCAUCAACCCCAGAGACAACAGCGUGGUGUUUGGCGGCGGUGACAACAACGUUCACAUCCUAGACCUGGAGCAUGGCGUCUUCAAGUCAGUCUUCAGGGGACACUCGGACUACGUCCACUGUCUGAGUGUGAGGGAGCGCGAAGGUGAGGUUCUGUCGGGCAGCGAGGAUGGCGCCGUCAGGAUGUGGGACACCAGGACGUCUCAGUGCGUUCACUGCGUGGAGGUGCACAAGUACCAACUCCUCGUCUUUCCUUGUUUGUCAGAAAUGUGCCCGCCCCCAGUUUGGCAAGUGGAUCAGCUGUUUGACCACCGACUCAGAUUGGAUGCUGUGCGGCGGCGGCCCGUCACUUUCCCUGUGGCACCUUCGCUCCCUGACGCCGACGUCCGUCUUCGCUUUGAGCGGCUGCCAGAGACGAGCCACAUUCUAUCAGGACAUGAUUCUGGCAGUGGGCCAAGGUCCCACCGUGUCCCACUGCCUGCUGGGGGGACAGGUCAAGGCUCAGAUCCCGUGCACGCCCAACAACAUCAACAGCCUGGAGCUCAACACCAACAGCACCGAGCACCAGGUGUUGACGGUGGCAGGAAGCAGCCAGUUCCUGGACGUGUUCACCAACGUGUCUUACAGAGCCUUUUCACUAUGCUUUUGAUGCACACGUCAAAGUUUUUCUAUUUUGUUUUUUUGAUGGCGUGAAUAAAACGUGUGGUCUUCGG